AUGAGCGAAAGGAACGCAUGUAUACACGAUAUUCAGGCACGUCGACGAGUUGCUGCAUGGAACGCGGAUAGUACUCAAUCCGAAUCGGAUAAUUCCCGCGAACUGAGCAUGAAUGAAGUCGGAUUGGGACAGUCCGAUUCGUUCACGACCAGUGCAUCGUCCACGUACCGGAAUCCGCUGGCCUCGGUUACCACAGCGGCCAGUCCAGAUGGCAGUGCAACCGGAGCGGUGUUACGCAAAUUGGUCUGGACAGAUUUGGUGGAACAGACCCGUAUGAAAUUGGUCCGAGAACUGGAUCAACAAUUGGAUGAGGCUUUGAUUGAUCUGGUUACGCGGGUAGAAGAAAGAGAGAAAAAUUUGUACGGAUUUCAAUGGCACAUGGAUUAUAUGAAGGACAAGUAA